CGAUGCCUACUACGUCCGUCACCUCACUUCAUCUUAUCACGUGGGCAUUUUAUCAUCUCCCAUCAUCAGUAGAAGAAUGUUUUGGGAUACAGAAAGAAAAUGAAGAUGGAUGCAAUGAAGAGCACAGACGGGAGAUUUAUGUCAAAGGGGUGUGACGCCGUUACCUCAGACUGAAGGGAGAGGUGUGCUAUAGAGAGAUUUCUGGGAAUCCAGAAGGACGCGUGAGGUGGUGCCUCAAACCUGAUGCUCAUUGGAAAUUGGUUGAGCUUUCUGAGCAUGAGUGCUGGGAUGACAACUUGAAGAGCUUUAUAUGGAGGAUCAAAUAACAUCAGAAAACUUUCAUACUUUAGGAUACAGCAGAAACACCACAGAAUUGGAAUCAGAAAAUUGGGUUUUAAAUUACAAUUUGUUCCUCUGAACAAUCUGGGAAAACUGCUUAGCCUAUCUGGACCUCAGUCUCUACUUCUGUAAAAGAGUUGAAUAGUGUUCCCCUCCAAAUUCACAUUCUAUCCAGAACCUGUGGAUGUGACCUUAUUUAGAAAUGAUGUGUUUGCAGAUGCAAUCAAGUUAAGACGAGAUCAUACUGUAUUAGAGUGGACACUUGUCCAAGAACUGGUGUCCUUAUAGGAUGAGGGACAUUUGGAAACAAACAUACAGGAAUGUCAAGUAUUGCCAGCAACCACCAGAAGCUAGAAGAGAACUCCCUACCCUGCAGCCUCAACCUGAAGCAUCAGGUGAGAAGCCCUCUUCUACUUCAAGCUCAGACCCAGGAGACAGCAGCCCUACUCCUUUCUGGCUCUGUAAACUGAGGGGUCAUCAAAAGAGACGGGUCAACGCUGGACAAGAUGCAGCCAGUGGGAGAAGGCAGGGUUGGAAGGACCAGGGUGAAAGGAUCAGAGAAGGCAUCAAACCCUCUGGUACUCAAAGGGAGAAGAUUUUCCCAUUUACUUGUCAAUCUCAAUGGUUGAUGAAAGUAUCCAGGCCCAGACUGUACAGAGCUGAGAGUGACUCCAGGAGCUCAUCAUGCAGAUUAAAUGGACUUCAUGAAGAACUUACUGUGCAAUAUCUUUGCUUGCACCCGUUGGCUGCUAAUCAGCUUCUUGGACCUCACCACUUUGCACACUCCUCCCCAGCCACUCAGAUUUCUCCUCUGUCACAAGGAGGCCUGUUCCUCCAUGUCACAGCACGUUUUGCCAUUGAUACGAUACUUCCACCUACUUCAUCUCAUUUAAUUUCAGACAAACCCUCUGUGGCAGGGCGAUACUUAGAACAUUCAACAGGGAUACUUAAGAUUUGUGGGGAUUUCAAAGUUGCCAACCUCAAAUAG